AAGGAUCUGUUUCUAUGAGUAACCUCACUUGAUAAACAGGGGGAUGAAGUAGGACUCUCGAUAGCCACUUGUUGCGGCGACUGCUGUGUGCAUAUAUAGAGAGAGGUCAUGCGUGAUGCUUUGACUGUAGUGUUGAUCACAGACUAUAGGACGCAGUGUGCUUUUGAGCGAAGUGCAUCUCAUCUAGGAACUCAACGUGCACGGGGAAAGGAACUAGUCCAAACAUGUCAACUGCCCCGGCUUUGCCAGAGCCCCUCAAGGAUCUGAAGAUUCAGUAUACUAAGAUAUUUAUAAACAAUGAAUGGCAUGAUUCAGCUAGUGGCAAAAAAUUCCCAGUCCUUAACCCUGCGACUGGAGAGAAAAUUUGUGAUGUUUCAGAAGGAGAUAAGGCAGAUGUCGACAAAGCUGUUAAAGCAGCAAGAAAAGCUUUUGAACUUGGGUCCUGCUGGCGAACCAUGGAUGCUUCAGAAAGAGGAAGGCUAUUGAACAAACUAGCUGAUUUAGUUGAAAGGGAUCGUCUCCUCUUAGCUACAAUGGAGAGCCUUAAUGGGGGUAAGCUUUUCCCCACCUCCUACUUAAUGGACUUAGGCGGCUGCAUUAACACUUUGCGCUACUGUGCAGGCUGGUCGGACAAAAUCCAAGGACGGACCAUCCCAAUGGAUGGAAACUAUUUCACAUUUACAAGACAUGAGCCUGUUGGAGUAUGUGGACAAAUUAUUCCUUGGAACUUCCCACUGGUUAUGUUUGUCUGGAAGAUUGCCCCUGCUCUUUGUUGCGGAAACACCGUGGUCGUCAAGCCGGCAGAGCAAACUCCACUAACGGCUCUUCACAUGGGGUCUUUAAUUAAAGAGGCAGGAUUUCCACCUGGAGUAGUGAAUAUUGUGCCAGGGUAUGGACCCACGGCUGGCGCAGCCAUUUCCAGUCACAUGGACAUAGAUAAAGUGGCCUUCACCGGCUCUACUGAGGUUGGCAAGAUGAUCAAAGAAGCUGCUGGGAAGAGCAACCUGAAAAGAGUCACUUUGGAACUUGGCGGGAAAAGUCCCAAUAUCAUAUUUGCAGAUGCUGAUUUGGACAGUGCUGUGGAAUUUGCACACAUUGGCCUGUUUUACCAUCAGGGACAAUGCUGCAUAGCUGGGUCCAGAAUUUUUGUGGAAGAGCCAAUAUAUGAUGAGUUUGUACGUAGGAGUGUUGAGAGGGCUAAGAAAAAUGUACUUGGAAACCCACUGGCUCCGGGAGUAAAUCAAGGUCCUCAGAUUGAUAAGGAGCAGUAUGAUAGAAUCCUGGCACUAAUUGAGAGUGGGAAGAAAGAAGGAGCCAAACUGGAAUGUGGAGGAGGCCCCUGGGGAGACAAAGGCUACUUCAUCCAGCCUACAGUUUUCUCAAAUGUUACAGAUGAGAUGCGCAUUGCUAAAGAGGAGAUUUUUGGGCCAGUUCAGCAAAUCAUGAAGUUCAAGACUGUUGAUGAAGUUAUAAAAAGAGCAAACAAUACUCAUUAUGGUCUAGCCGCUGGAGUGUUUACCAAAGACAUUGACAAAGCUCUGACAUUUGCAGCUGCUCUUCAGGCUGGAACAGUCUGGGUGAACUGCUAUAGUGCAGUGGCUGCUCAGGUUCCUUUCGGAGGAUUCAAAAUGUCAGGAAAUGGCCGAGAGCUUGGCGAAUAUGGCCUUCAUGAGUAUACAGAAGUCAAGACAGUCACCAUCAAGAUUCCACAGAAGAAUUCAUAAUGUCACUGCAGGGAACAGGAGGACUUGACCACAUCAGAUGCUAAUCAGACUUGCAAGGCCAGCAGAACAUUUUGUAGCAGAUGUUUUCAUGUAAUUUGGGUUUUCUUUCUAUCUGUAAAAACAAAUGUGUUUAGCAAUUAACAGUCAUUUAGAAAAUUUUAGAUCUGCUUAACUAAGAAAGUGAAAUCUUAAUGUCUGAAUCUAAUUAACAAGUUUUGAAUUUUGAUGAAAAAUCUAUUUUAAUUUUCCCCCGUAUUUGAAUAUAUUUGAAUAUAUCUGUAGUGCUAUGGGAAAUAAAAUUGUGAACAUAUCAUAUUUACACAAUUUGCUUUAGUGUGCUGUUAUAGAAUCAUAAGCUGUCAUCUCUUUCUUUGUUAAGAGCUUGGCAAAAGUAUUUAAAUAUGGCUAUCUAAUAGAGACUUUGUAAUCAAGAGCAAAAAUCAUUAGCGAUCUUCUGGUACAUGUUGUAACUUUGAUUCUGUUCAUAAUAACUACUGUGCAGAGGCAUUUUGGAUGUAAACUUUUAAAAAUCUA